CGUGCGUUUCUACGUCACCCCUGUCACGAUGACGCAAUGUGCUGCACACUUGUGAGAAAAACGGUCCAGAGCAGCCCAGUUGUUGUUAUUCUGAGGAUGUCCCUCUGUGGAUCCAGCAGUGACCACUCCCCGGAUGAAACCAUCGUUUUCCGUGUGUUCUCCUCUCUGAACAGCCUCCGCUGCUCUGCGCGCAACAGCAACGCCGCGCCGCGGCCCCCAUCAGGAAGUGAAUUUCAAGAAAAUAGCGACUGUGGAGGUAGAAUGACAUAGAGGGGGGAAGAGGUGGAGAGAAUCAAGCGGAGAAAAAUAAAACGAAUAUAACGGAGGGAGGAAUCGACCCCGCUUCCAGAUCAGUUUGGAGCCGUUCUCCUCUGGGAUAUACGGUCACUUCGCCGGAGGGAAAAAAAACAAAGAUACCACAAUAAAAUGCUCAUAAAGGAAUAUCGAGUGAUUCUUCCCAUCUCUGUGGAAGAGUACCAGGUUGGCCAGCUUUACUCUGUGGCCGAGGCCAGCAAAAAUGAGACAGGAGGAGGGGAAGGAGUGGAGGUGCUCAAAAAUGAACCCUAUGAGAAAGAAGGAGAGAAGGGACAGUACACACACAAAAUCUACCAUUUGCAGAGUAAAGUGCCGUCAUUUGUCAGAAUGUUGGCUCCGGCUUCAGCACUCAACAUCCACGAGAAAGCCUGGAAUGCAUACCCAUACUGCCGCACAGGCAACAGAAUGAGUACAUGAAAGAUAACUUCCUGAUCAAGAUCGAAACAUGGCACAAACCUGACAUGGGACACCAGGAAAAUGUACAUGGUUUGGAUGCCGAAACCUGGAAGAAGGUGGAUGUAGUCUAUAUUGAUAUUGCAGAUAGAAGCCAAGUGGAGCCAAAGGACUACAAGCCAGAGGAGGAUCCUUGUAAGUAUAAGUCGGCAAAGACAGCACGAGGGCCCCUAGGAACAGACUGGAAGAAGGAGCUUCCCAACAAGAAAGACUGCCCCCAUAUGUGUGCCUACAAACUGGUCACUGUCAAAUUCAAGUGGUGGGGUCUGCAGAAUAAAGUGGAGAACUUCAUUCAAAAGCAAGAAAAGCGCUUGUUUACCAAUUUCCAUCGUCAGCUGUUCUGCUGGAUUGACAAGUGGAUUGAAUUGAACAUGGAUGACAUCCGCCGCAUGGAGGAGGAGACGCGUAAGGAGCUGGAUGAGAUGAGAGUGAAGGACCCAGUGAAGGGGAUGGUGGCUCUAGAGGACUGAGGCUGCGUCGGACUGUGAAUGCUGCUGCUCAUCAGAACAGAUACCUAAACACCAGCGGAUUCACGUCCUCUCUUUCUCUAAAAUGACGUUAAGUCUGACCGGCCGGUCCAAACCCACUUCCCACAGUACAGUCUGGUUUUCAGGGACCUGGACCCAGUACACUCCCAGUUUUAAGCUGAUCUCGUCCUCCUCAUUGUUUCUUCGUUGAUUCUCAUCUGUUCUUUAUUUAUUUCUUCCAUCUAGUGUCCCCCGUCUGGUUAAACACUCUGAGGCCUCCAGUAGCAACAUAAUAGAUCUUGUCUGUCAGUCCUCUCUCUCUCUUUCUCUCUCUCUAAGAAUUGUUAAAAACUUCAGAGUAUAGAGUUACUUAUCUCUGCCAUUUAGGAUGUAUUUCUACUUGGGAUAUCCCAGUGGUGUAUAUAUAUAUAGGGUAUAAAAGUAUCACAGGGAGAUAAAUAACUGUAUUGAAGUAUAUAAAUAUAUAUUAACAGGGUUUUUAAAAUGAAGUUCUGUAAGUUUGUCUGUGAAUGUUUAUUUUUCCAGAUGAAGCUUUGUCUGCUCAGUGUUGCAGUUAGAUCCUGUGAUUUGCUCAUUUUUUGUUUUUAUUUUCAGUUUUGUGUCCUCGCACCUCCCCCGCAAUUUGCUGUUACUUAUUUUGUUGUCCAAAUAGAUUUGUAAGUCUACAAACUACGACUGAAAGGUUGAGAUUAUGCUUUUUCUUUUUAGUGUCACAUUGUCUCUGCUCUUCUGAUCACCGGAAAAGGCUGAGGCAUUUUUUCAGCUUCUCUGCUGCUUCGUGUGUUAGUUUGUGUGUGUGCGCGUGUGUGUGUGUGCACGCUACUGUUUCUGCGCUUGAGUGUGUUACUGUAGCAUUGUUAGAAUAUCGAGGUUUCCAGCCAUAUUUUCUUUGAGUCAAAUAACUUCUUGCUCUUCAUCAAACUGCUUGAACAUGCAGCAAGAACAUGGGAAUGCGUAAAUAAAGUGAGAAACAUCGUUUACAAGGAUGCACAUAGAAUGUGAGUCACUCUGCAAUGAAAACUAACAGGUGACAAUUGGAGCAGCCAUAAAUGAGUUAAGGAUUGUCUAUAUUUUUUUGUGUAGAAGUGGCAUCUAUUGUGCUGUCACUUACUGUCAUCUCAGUGGAUAAAUGUUUUUAUCCAGCAAGAGCAAUAACUAUCAUGACCUGUGGUUCCUCUUUUGUCUAUUUGUGUGUUACGAUUGUUUUCACCUGUUUUAGUACAGCAAAGCCCAAGCUGAAAGUCAAGCUAUUGAUAAUUAAUCCAUUAAAUGCUGGUUUUAAUGUGUCAGUCUUUAAAUGAGGUGGAUUCUCUGCUGCUGGAAUCGGAAGUUUGUGGCUCGUAUUAGUGUGUUUUGGUGUUUUCGGUAUGUGCAUGAGUGUGAAGAGUGUCUGUGAAUAAUAUACAGUGGUGGGUGUCUUUGCAGGGAGCUGAUGCUAUAUAGGAAAGAAGCUAGAAAUAGCAGACCUCCCCAAUGUUGAUUUCUGUUUGGCCUCCUUUGUCUUGACUUACUAUUGUUUUCCUUAUUUCCCAUCUUCCCUUUACUUCACUUUUAUUACAUAGUUAAACAGUGUGGAAACCUGAAAGAGCAAGCAACAGAUGAUGUCAAUAAUUCCCCACAGUACAUAUUUAAGUUUGUAUUUCUAUUAAUAACUGCCUCCGAAAAUUAGAUUGGUGUCAACAUUUUUACUUAGAGGACGAUCAAACACACACCCUAAUUUGCUGAUAUGAAUUGAUUUAAUAUUUAAUUCAUUCAUUCAUUUUUAAUCAGUUAAAGAAUUCAAUAGUUUUCAAAUCUUCUGUAAAUAAAAAAAAGUCUAAAAAACUUAUAGAUUACUGAAAUAUGUUUAUUUUCUGUAUGCAGAUCAUUUUAUAUUACAAGAGAAAGACACAGCACACUUGAGUGAUCUUGAGUGAACAUGUUCAAAGUUUUUUUUGUUUUUUUUUAGGGGGGGUGUGGGUUUUCCAUUAAUAAUUAUUCAAUAUAAACCACACUAAGUACUGAAGAUGUUACACCCAAAUAAUAGAUGUUUUACCUGUUAUUGAAUCGAUUAGACUAACAGGGUACUUCAUUUGACAGACUGUGAGGUAAUAAGGCCUACAAAGGUCAAAGUGUUACAACUAAAGUACUAUAACUUUUUUUUCUGUUGCCUCCUCUUUGAAGAGAACACUGGCUCUGUAUGUGUCAUCCUUCCACCUCUGUGUCCAUCAGGAAUCUCACUCUGUGUCUGUGGGGCUACCAACGAAGAUAUGUGGAUGUACUGUAUGUACUGAUUUUGUAAAUAGUAAAUUAACUAAUGUAGAUGAACACAUAUAUAUAAAUGAGACUGUCCUGCCAAACCUGCGUCACUCCCUCUGAUCCUCUCGUUCCAUUGCUAAACAUAAAGCAGUACACAAAAUAUGAACAUUCCUCACAGGACUAUCACCGUGAGGAAAUGUAGGGUUAUAGCCGCUAAACUUCAGCACUGAUGAGAUAUUUUCAAGAAUAAUGUUAGCUGUAGUCAUUUUAAAAGGCAUUCCUUACAUAUUGUUCUAGAUGGAGUCAAUUUUAAGACACUCCUGUAAAAUAGUGAGGAGGUGAGUCGAUGUGGUUUGUACCUGGAAGAAUACUUAAAGUGAAGAAAAAAACCUACUCACAUACCUGUCCUCACUUUAAUUCCUCACAGGAACCACGUCUCAUUGGCAGGACAGUGUAUAAAUAUAUAUUUUUGUUCUGAAUGUUGUUGUACCUCUGUUGUCAGUCUCUGAAUUUGACUCGCUUCUCUCACUGAAAAAGGAACAUGCAAUGGCAGCUUGGGUCAUUUCACUGAUCCAUUUUAUUAGCUGAUGGAUUUAAAAGUGGAGCCUCUUUGCACGUUGGAUUCUGCCCUCCUGUUAGCGACGGGGAUGGAAGUGAUCUUUCUCCACAAUUCAUAGUAGCUUCAACGUCUGGAGCGUUGGAGUUAAUAAGCUUAGCAGUGAAAUGAGAAAUUAUAAAAGACUAUUAAACAUGGUCGUUUCCACACAGAUACCGACUGCAGGUCUGAACUUGCAGGCUUGUGAGACAGUAUGGUUUAACAGAGACAAUCUCAUAGAUAUCUGUUGUUAGAUUCCUUGAUUUAUAAUCAGAUUAAGAAGAAACCAAAUGAUUCCAUAAUCCCAAACUGUUUUUAAAUCUCUCUAUCUCUCUUUCUCUCUCACUCCUGUUAACUUGUCUUCUAUUUCUUUCUUUUAUUGUGAAUUUGUGCCUUUUGGUCAUCUUAUUCUCUAAUAACACUACUGUACAUCAGAGAUGUAAAGAAAUGAAUAAAAAGAAGCAAAGCAACAGUACAUAUUAUACGUCUGAUGUGAAUUAUUAAUUUUUUGGAACACCAAUGUCUUGAAGUUGGGAAGGUGAUCUAUUACACAGGGAGCCACAAGGAACCUAAA